AGUUAAAAAUUAUAAUUGUCUAAGAAUAUUAAGUACAAAUCAACCUUAUAAAGUAAUUUAUUUAAUACCAAAAACUAUGAGUUCUGUUUGUAAAUGUAAUUGCGGGAAAUUAAGUUCAUCAAUGAACGAUAAAAAUUGGAAUAGACAUAUUAACUCAUGUAAAGUACGAAAAUUUAAAAGAAACUCGCAUGAUAUAAAAUCGUUUUUUUCUGGAAACAAGAAUAAAAAAAGCAAAUUGAUUCACCAAAUUACUGCUGUAAAAAAUACUAUUUUUGAUGUGAACAAUGAUUUAAAUGAAGACCAAAGUACUCCAGUUAAUAAAGAAUCAUUGGUUGAAUGUGAAAUUCAAAAAGAUACUGAGAUAAGCUCAUGUUUGCAAAAUAAAGAUGAUAUGGAUAUGGAUAUAAUUAAAAAUGAUCCAGCAAUUUUUGCUAAAAUGUCUAUUUUGUCACCGGAAAUUAAAGAUUACAUCUUAAAAUUUGGUCCUUGUCAACCGUUACAAGAUGAUUUACCUAAUAAAAUAUUUCCUUAUGAAAUUAACAAUGAAAAGAUAAAAAGAAGUUUUAAUGAUAAACAUUAUUACAGAAUUUUGUCUGAUAAAUCAAAAUGCCAUCGUGAUUGGUUGUCUUAUUCAUUAAGCAGAAAUAAAAUAUUUUGUAUUCAUUGCAUGCUUUUUGGAACCAAUUUGCAUAAUAAUUUAGAAAAAUCUUGGACCAAAGAAGGGUUUAAUAAAUGAAAAAAUUGUUCAUUUG